AUGCAUUUAUAUACAUUACAUGAUCUUCAAAAGAAACUUCAAAAUCAUUCGAAUGCAUAUACAACAUUGGCAUAUCUGCAUUUAGCAUCGAUGCCUGAACGUGUAUAUCAAGGUGUCUGCUAUCGAGUGAUAAAAAUGUCAUUCCUCGACGUUAGCCGAUAUUAUUACGUCAUGAAAAUGCCAAAUAAUGUCAUUGAAACACGUAAUUUUUCAUCGACAUCCAAACGGAAAGCUGUAUCAAUUCUGUAUUCUGCUCAUGGGCAACGGAGUGAUGAUAAUAACUAUGAUAUUUUAUUGAUAUUUGAAGUUUCGAAUCCAAGUAAAACAACGAUUGAUCUGACAGAUAUUUCAGAUCGUUUACCGCCUAUAUCACAAUAUGAAGACGAAGAAGUACUUGUUUUUAUCUUAUACGCUAUUUCAAGUAAAGUAACAACAACAAAUAUGAAUGAUGAUCAUACAAUAGCACUCGAGAUUUUACGUUAUUCAGUCAAUGAACUACAACGAAAACAAAUCGAUAUUCAUCGACAUAUUGGCCAACUAUCAGCUGUUAUGUCUGAUUUUGAAUAUCAUAUGGCACAAGUACGUAAUAUAUGUGAAUCAUCGAAUAAUAAUAAUAAUGAGUUAUGUCAAUCUUUAUUAUCUCAUCUUAAAUCAGUUAUAAUUGAUACACGAUCAGCUUUAGUUACUUCAACAACAAGUACAAAUGAUGCACAACAAGUUCAUGAUCUUGUUCAUCGUCUUUAUGAAGAAAAUCAACGAAUAGCAGAUCACAUCGAUAAUUUACUAAAACAAGAUCAAUUAGAUAUUGAAAUAAAAGAUGAAAAAACACCAGAAGAAGAUCAUAUUCAAAAAGCCAUUGAACAUAUUGAACUUGCUUUAGAACAAAACAUUCGCGAACAAGAAUAUAUUAAUAAAGAACAAGAACAUUUUGAAAAUAAUCAAAAAACUAUUGAAACAUUUAUUCAAACAACUGAACACUUACAUGAAGAAGCUCUAGAAAAAUUACGAGAACAUAUUAAAGUAUUACGUGAACAUAAUCAAUCAUUAAAACAAUAUAAUGAACAGAUUGAUACACUUACAAAACAAUUACCACAAACUUUAUUCUUAUCCGCUCAUUAA